AUGUCAGCAGGCGUGUCAGAUCAGCGGAUGAAAGGACAGGGAAAUCAAGUGUCCAAUGGCGCUAAAGAACAGCUAGGAGCUGGUGAGGGAGCAACUGGCUCAGAAGAAUUUGAACCAUGGAGAAAUCAGCAACAGAAUACUGCUGCUCACAAUGCCUAUGGAGCCUCAGCCACCAUUUCCAGUGCUACAGACAUUUACAACAUGAGUACAGCAGGUUAUUAUGGAAGUGGAGGCACGUAUCCUUACCAAGCUUAUGGAGUAGGAGAUGGGACAUGGUCAAAUGGGACAGAUCAGAUGACUUUUCUAAGUGGUUAUCCACACGAUUCUUAUUCCAUGGAUGGAAUGUUCGGUCCGUCGACGACCUUUUCAACGCCGACUGCUUUCACCGGGCAACCUUCGUCUUUCAACUAUUUCCACAGCAACGGGGACUACAACACGUGGGGCAGUCAGCUGGGGGGCCAACGCAAAUACGAUGACUACUACAGGGAUCACCAGAACAUGUAUACACAGGCCAUGCCCGAUUCCGCAUUGAAAAGCGUGGAACAGGCCAUGCAAAACCUAGAUUUAAAAGCUUCAAUGGACUCCAAAGAGUCUAUGGGACAGCCCAAGAAGACGACGUGGGCUAGCAUAGCCAGUCAACCUGCCAAGCCCCAGUUGUCCAUGCCAAACCAAGGCCUGAAAAAAAAGGGUCCCGGUAUGCCCCCAGGUCCCAUUGUACCCGGAAAGCAUAACAUGGAUAUUGGCACAUGGGACACGGCGAAGAGCAUCCCGCCCCAGCUACCGAUGGUCGGAACCGCCCCACCGCCCCCACCACCUCAAAAAACCCCCAACAUCGCUCCCGCUGCCGCCCCAAUGGCCGUGCGGCCCGGCUGGAACGGCCCGCCCCCGCCGCCCCAACAACAGCAACAGGUCGGGCGGCAAGGCCCGCCAGUCUCGGCUCCUCGACCGCCGCCCCACCACCCGAUGCACCAGGCGUACCAGCAGAUGGGCCAGCCGCCGCCGCCGCCCCAGGCUCAGCAUCCGCCCCACCACAUGCAGCCGCAGGUCGGGAUGCCGCAAGGUGGGCAUAUGCAGAUGGAUUACCCUCAGGGGAUGAUGCCGCCCCCGAUGCCGAUGAUGGUGCCGAGCCCUGUCGCCGCCGCUGCCGCUGCUCAUCAUCCUGUCCUCGACGAAUUGAAAGGCAAGAACAACUACAACCCGCCCGACUUCGACCUGACCGCCCCGCACGCCCGCUUCUUCGUCAUCAAGUCCUACUCGGAGGACGACAUCCAUCGCAGCAUCAAGUACGAGAUAUGGUGCAGCACGGAGCACGGCAACAAGCGGCUGGACCAGGCGUUCAGGGAACGGGACGCCGACGCCUGCAUCUAUUUGUUCUUCUCGGUGAACGGGUCGGGGCACUUUUGCGGCAUGGCGCAGAUGGUCAGCGCGGUGGACUACAAUUCCAAUAGUUCGGUGUGGUCGCAGGACAAGUGGAAGGGACAGUUCAAGGUACGAUGGGUGUACGUGAAAGACGUCCCCAACGUCCAGCUGCGGCACAUCCGGCUGGAGAACAACGACAACAAGCCCGUCACGAAUUCCAGGGACACGCAGGAGGUGCCGCAUCCGAAGGGGGUGCAGGUGCUGCGCAUCAUGCACUCCUACCGCCAUUCGACGUCCAUCUUCGACGACUUCGUCCACUACGAGAAGCGGCAAGAGGAGGAGGACAGUCGCAAGGCACCGCCCAUGAAGGAGCCGAUGCACGAGGGAGGCGGCGGUAGGGACCACAGGGACAGGGGGGAGCACCGGGGGGGCAGGAGCCACGGCCAUGACAGGGAGAGGGGAGAGAGAGAGGAGGGUCACAGGGGCGGCCACAGGAGUAACGACCAUCACGGCGGGCACAGGGAUCGUGGUGACAACAGCAGGGGGCGCGGAGGAGGCAGAGGUGGACGCAACUAG